ACAAGAAAGAGACCCGACCCACUUUGAUUUUUUGCACUUUUUGCCUUCCUAAACCAUAGCCCACCACCCUUGUCACCUUCCCACGCCUAACUGCACAAGCCCUUCUCAAUUUUAUAAAUAGCUCACAACCCAUCCAUUCCCACAUCUCCUCUCCUCUCUCCUCAAAGCCAGACGCUAGAAAGAGAGAAAAAGAAAAAUGGCUCUAGCACUAAGGUCUUCAACUUCUUUCAUGAUCAAUAUGAAUGACCCCAAAUGCAUGAAUCCUCUGGGUGAUUUCUCUGACUCAAUUCGCUUUGCGCGAGUCAGGCCAUUGUGCCAACUCCGAGCGAAGAAUUCCACGCAAGAGGCGCUGCAGCUCUCCCGGGAGAGAGCUGCAGGUUCUGAAGCGUGGAAGAGCUUGAGCUCCACAAAAUGGGAGAGACUCCAUCGGUCACUGAUCGGUCACGGAAGCAAUGACUCGAGAGUUCCGGUGUUUGUGAUGCUACCGCUCGACACGGUGUCGAUAGGGGGGAACUUGAAUAGGCCUCGGGCGAUGAAUGCUAGUUUGAUGGCGCUGAAGAGUGCAGGAGUGGAAGGGGUGAUGGUGGAUGCGUGGUGGGGAGUGGUGGAGAAGGAUGGGCCUUUGAAGUACAAUUGGGAAGGGUAUGCAGAGCUUGUGGGGAUGGUGCAGAGGCAUGGCUUGAAGCUUCAGGUGGUCAUGUCUUUUCAUCAGUGUGGAGGGAAUGUUGGAGACUCCUGCAGCAUUCCUCUGCCACCAUGGGUGUUGGAAGAAAUAAGCAAGAACCCAGAGAUGAUGUACACAGACAAAUCAGGGAGGAGAAAUCCAGAGUACUUAUCUUUGGGGUGUGAUUCACUGCCUGUGCUGAGAGGAAGGACACCCCUGCAAGCCUACUCUGACUUCAUGAGAAGCUUCCAUGACAGAUUCAGAGAUUACCUGGGAGAUGUUAUAGCGGAAAUUCAAGUGGGGAUGGGACCUUGUGGAGAGCUCAGAUAUCCAUCUUAUCCUGAAAGCAAUGGGACUUGGAGGUUUCCUGGAACUGGAGAAUUUCAAUGCUAUGACAAGUACAUGAAAGCUUCACUACAAGCAUCAGCAGAGGCAAUUGGAAAGGGUGAAUGGGGAAGAAGUGGACCGCAUGAUUCUGGACAGUACAACCAGUUCCCUGAAGAUACUGGGUUCUUCAGGAGGGACGGGACCUGGAGCACCGACUAUGGGAAGUUCUUCCUAGAAUGGUACUCUGAAAUGCUACUAAAACACGGCGAUCUAAUCCUGUCUGCUGCAGAAGCAAUAUUCCAUGGAACCGGAGCAAAACUAUCUGGAAAAAUAGCUGGAAUUCAUUGGCAUUACAGAACAAGAUCCCAUGCAGCUGAAUUGACAGCCGGUUACUACAACACUAGACAUCGAGAUGGUUACCCACCAAUAGCAAAAAUGUUGAGCAAACAUGGAGUCAUAUUCAAUUUUACAUGCAUGGAAAUGAGAGAUGGAGAGCAGCCAGGGAAUGCAAACUGCUCACCAGAAGGAUUAGUCCGACAAGUCAAGAUGGCAACCAAGGCUGCUGGAACAGAACUUGCUGGAGAGAAUGCACUGGAAAGAUACGAUGCAGGAGCGUAUGCUCAAGUCUUGGCAACAAGUAGGUCAGAUGCAGGCAAUGGAUUGAGUGCAUUUACUUAUCUGAGAAUGAGUAAGAGGUUAUUUGAAGGAGAUAAUUGGCGGAACCUGGUGGAAUUUGUAAAGAAAAUGUCUGAAGGAGGUCGGAACACAAGACUUCCUGAAGCAGACUCAAGCCGGACAAACCUCUAUGUAGGAUUUCUCAAAGAGAAGAACGUGAAAAACACUAGGGAGGCUGCUCUAGUGUAAAUAAAUAUGCAUAUGUUGUUCAUAUAUAUAGCGGCACAAAUGUAGUGCAUCCCAUGAUGGAGAGAAAAAUACAUAUAGCCAAAAAAAAAAAAGAUAUCAAUACGUAACAUAAUAUUGCAUUGUUAUUUGAGACAAGAAGAAAAUGAUGAAUAUGUAUCUACUUCUCCAUAAAAUGAAUACAGGAACUUAUAGGCUAAUUCUCUUA